GGGUUAAGUCUACUAGAGUGGGUGUGCGCGCCCAGGCCGCCUCUUCAAAUCGCGAUUGGCUACGUGCGCGUUUCCGCGCCACUUCUUGCUUUUCCAGUUAGAAGCGUGAUAAGUUUUCAGAGUGUGGCUGGAAUGCUUUUUCCUAGACAGUCUGUUGGACUGGCCCAGGCCUGCUUCUACUUUUCGUCCAGAUUUGUGCGGCGGGGGACACCUGUGCUGCAUCCUCAUGCCUGCAAUGGACUCAACUGGGCACGCAGAAUGACCAGUGAUGGGAGCCAGGGACCUGGAAAAAAGCAGAUGGGAAAACCACGUUGGAGACUAACUGCAGCAGGACUGCUUGUGGGGACAGGGGCAGUGCUGGCCUAUGGAUUAGCCCAAGAACAGAGCGAACAUGCUGCCUCUUCUCCAAAUGACAACUCAGAGGUGCCAUUGCAGGACAACUCCACUACCACUGCAACCAAAGUAUAUCCAGUCUAUUCCCGGGAGGAAGUGGUUAAACACAGGACCCUGGCAGAUCGAGUUUGGGUAACUUUCAAGGGUGAGAUUUUUGACAUCACAGACUUUGUGGGACUGCACCCUGGUGGCAACAAGAUUAUGCUAGCUGCAGGGGGUGCUCUGGAACCCUUCUGGGCUUUGUAUGCUGUCCACAGUCAGGAGCAUGUGCUAGAAAUUCUUAGUCAAUACAAAGUGGGAGAGCUGAGUGCUGAAGACCAGUUGGAAAAAUCAUACAGUGAUGAUGUUUCUGACCCUUAUGCUCGGGAUCCUCAAAGGCACCCUGCCUUGGUGGUCAACAGCCUGAAACCUUUCAAUGCCGAGCCUCCGCCAGAGAUCUUGACAGAAGAUCCCAUCACACCAAACACGUUUUUCUUCAAGAGGAACCACCUACCAGUCCCUCAUGUUGACCCUGCUAGUUAUAAGCUGGAAAUCUCAGGAACUGGCCUUCCUGACACCCUGACUCUUACACUUAAUGACCUCAAAACUAAAUUCACCAAGCACACAGUUAUUGCCACCUUGCAGUGUGCUGGAAACAGGAGGUCUGAAAUGAACAAAGUGAAAACCGUGAAAGGACUGGAGUGGGGCCGGGGUGCCAUUAGCACAGCAAGGUGGGGGGGUGUUCGGCUACGUGAUGUCUUGCUGCAUGCAGGGUACAAGCCAGAUAGUUGUAGUCUUGUUCAGCAUGUGCAAUUUGAAGGUUUGGACAAGGAUGUGACUGGAACUUCUUAUGGAGCCUCGAUACCAUUACACAAAGCCCUGAGUGAGGAUGGUGAUGUGCUUCUGGCCUAUGAGAUGAAUGGUGAAGUUCUGCCACUUGAUCAUGGCUUCCCUCUGCGUGUAGUGGUGCCAGGUGUUGUUGGUGCUCGCAAUGUAAAAUGGCUUGGCAAAAUCAUCCUUAGUGCUGAGGAAAGCCAGAGCCACUGGCAACAGAAUGAUUACAAAGGCUUCUCCCCAUCUGUAGACUGGGACACUGUGGACUUUAGCUCUGCCCCUGCUAUACAGGAGCUGCCCAUUCAGUCUGCCAUUACUGAGCCGGAGAAUGGGGCCAUUCUCGAAAAGGACAGUGACAUGUUGACCAUCAAAGGCUAUGCCUGGAGUGGAGGGGGUCGGGAGGUGGUGCGUGUGGAUGUGUCUCUUGAUGGUGGCAAAACAUGGUGUGUAGCUGAGCUGCGGAGUGCAGAGGGUGAAGAGGCACCUCCACUUGGCAAAGCCUGGGCUUGGAAACUCUGGCAACUCAGUGUUCCUUUUCCUCCUGACAUGAACCAGCUAGACAUUGUAUGUAAAGCAGUGGAUAACAGCUACAACACCCAACCUGACACUGUCGCCCCCAUUUGGAACCUGAGAGGUGUUCUGUGCAAUGCCUGGCACCGGGUUAGAGUUACUGUGACCACACAUUAGAGUGAACAAAGGGUUUCCAAAGCAUGUAGAAAAGAGAAGGAAGUAAACACUGUGACUGGCAGCGCACAACUUUACUCGCAUGUACACUGCACUUUAGGAUAUAGUGUAAUGAAGCAGCAUCAGCAAGCUAUUAUAAGCAAUUGAUUCAGUCACCAGCUGCUCAACAGAAACACAAAUGCACUCAUACAUUGGUGGUCCUAGUUGCCUGACCAGUACUACCAGAAAGCACAUAUAUUUAUUGCCUCCAGAGCAACAGCUCACAUAUCCACCACCUCAUUGGUUGCAACAUAAUAUCACUCAGCAGGGAUUUCUUGUUGAGACAUGGCAAUCAUAGAGUGUACUCUCAUUCUUAUUAGCAGUACAAGCACUCAAACAAGGUCACUACCUCCUCCUAACAAAAAAUAAACAUUCUUAGGUAAGUAGGUACCUGCGUGAACCGUGCCAGCACAAGUACACACACACACAGUGGUGUAUGUGCAUCAUAAGCAGCAAUACGUGUAUACUUUGUUGGAUUCUCACAGUGGCAAACUCGUGAAUGAACGAUCUGAUCAGAUUUCAACAGAAGGAGGCUGACAAUAGUACCAUCUAAUAAGCUGUAUAUAACUCCAUUGAAUAUUAAAUAGCAACAUGAUGAGAUACAAGGAGACACUCUUACGAGCAGUUACAUGCAUGCAUGCUCGUGAGAGAGAUUCUGUCAUCUUAGCAGCUUGUGUGCUACUCUGUAAGAGGCAUCAUAUGCUUUCACUCAUACACGAGUAAUGCCACAUCUCAUUAGCAUCAACAAAGCCUUCCACAAGAGUCGUGAAAAGUAACGCACAUGUAACUGCGUCAUUAUUAGUAACACAAUUAUAAUUGCAACCCAUAUACAUUGUUAUAUCCAUAUCAAAUGGAACUUAUAAGUUUUAAUCAUUAGUUUUAAUAAGAGAUUAGAUUCACAAAGACAACAUCAUAUUUACAGACCAGUACCACAUUAGGGUUCACAACCCAAUCACCUACAUAGGAGUAUCUUCAUUAAUUGCACUCAGUUUAUCAGGUACACACAAGGGCAACUUACUCCCAUCCCCUCAGAAAUAAGCACCAUCACACAGGUAGAAACACAUGUAUACAUACACACCUUAUAUGUAGCACUAUGUGAUCUGCCUUAAACCAAUAACAUACACAACAGAUAAGUCAUGAACAACAGCACUGUCUAUUGACAAACAGUAGCACUCUUGAGUAGACAGCUAAAUAGGCAGCAGCACAACCACAUGCAUGUUCAAGUACUGCUCUGUGAGUAGUGGCACGCAUAUACAGUGAGCUUUGACACAAUCAAGUAUAUCUCCCUGUGGGCUAACUAAAGUACUAGCUUAUCAUGCAAGAUCUUGGAACUCCUAAAGCUGUGAAAUGACUGCUUUUUACUUUUGCACCAGAGAAGACGUUAAGGGGUCUACCAUUGAAGUAUCAAUAACCCAACCCAGCUGGUUUCUUUCCUGUAUGUACAGUAGAUGAAGGCCUGUUUUUUUCCUGUCUCGUAUGGGGGUGUGAGGUCCUGCUUACAUUAUUUUCAUGUAUACUUAAGUACUUGUUCAUCAUCCUGCCAAUACCUCUAGCAGAAGAUGAAGGACAUAACCCAAAGAUGUGUAUCUGUGCUGCUUCUUCUGAAAGCCUACCAACCUCCACACUCCUAGUUUAUCUGAAAUUAAUAACAGUCUGCUACUUCGGAGUCUGUUGAACAUGUCUUGCGAAGGACUGCCACUUGCCUGGUCAUCAGGAAUUUACACGUAAUGUUGAUGGGCUGAAAACGUGGUUCCAGAUUCAUCCCCACUUAUACCUGCAAAUGUAGACACCAUUGUGCCUCUAAGCCAAAGGGCUGCUGGAACUUGCAUUAGUUAAUAGUGCAUUGAAAAAUGCGUAAGGAAUGUAUCUGAAGAAAUCUGCUGAAGGACAAUGUGAUGAACUGAUUAGCAAGACUUCCUUGUUGUGACUACCUACAACCCUUAAUAAAUUUAUAUUCCAGUU